AAAGAAAUACUUUCUCAUAUUUCCUAUCGUGUAUUUUACUAUUUUAAUGCAUAUCCUAAACUACGUGAUGACCUGAAUCUUGACGGAUAUAUCAUAGAUACACACAUUGCGAAGUCAUAGGUGUGUAACACAACUUGGGAAUCAUCGCCAGAUCGGAGCCAGCUUGAUAGGAAGCAAACUUCCGAUUGAUCUCCUUUGAGACAGUUGUGGUUAGGCGGCAAGUGCAAGGAAUUUGGUAUUAAUGGCUGGUCCAACUGAAGGCCCAGUUCCUGAAACCAUCACUAUAAAGGAGGGAAGUGAGCAGAAGGUGGGGGUGGUGGUCAAGGAGGAAGGUGAGAAACCAGAGGGUAGUGAAAUGGCGCCGACUACCGCGAAUUCAGGUCACCGAUUGACCUCUCGGCCUCAGCUCGAUCUCAGUGGUGCUGCUAUUCAGGGGAAUUUUGAGGAGAAGGACCCAACAAUUCUGUUGCCUAACCAGUCUGAUGAUAUAUCUCAUUUGGCUUUGGACAUUGGAGGAUCUCUGAUCAAGUUGGUACAUUUCUCAAGACAUGAGGAUCGUUUAGUUGAUGAUAAGAGGAAGAGGUCGUUGAAGGAGAGGUUAGGGGUUUCAAAUGGUAAUAGAAGGGGCUAUCCUAUUCUUGGUGGAAGACUGCAUUUUGUAAAGUUUGAGACAUCUAAGAUUAGUGAAUGCUUGGACUUUAUUGCUUCGAAGCAGCUGCACACUGGUGGAUUGGAUUCACGCAGUUGGAAUUCCAUGAUCCCAGCCAAUGAUAAUGCAAUUAUUAAGGCCACAGGUGGUGGAGCAUACAAAUUUUCUGACCUCUUCAAAGAGAGGCUUGGAGUCAGUCUUGACAAGGAAGAUGAGAUGGAUUGUCUUGUGAAUGGAGCUAAUUUUUUGCUUAAGGCAAUUCGGCAUGAAGCCUUCACACACAUGGAGGGUCAGAAAGAAUUUGUGCAAAUUGACCACAAUGAUUUGUUCCCGUAUCUCCUUGUUAAUAUUGGAUCUGGUGUUAGCAUGAUCAAGGUGGAUGGAGAGGGGAAGUUUCAGAGAGUUAGUGGGACAAAUGUUGGUGGUGGUACUUACUGGGGCUUGGGAAGACUUUUGACAAAGUGCAAGAGUUUUGAUGAGUUGCUGGAGUUGAGUCAGCGAGGAGAUAAUAGAAAAAUAGACAUGCUUGUUGGAGACAUCUAUGGCGGUAUGGAUUAUUCCAAGAUUGGUCUAUCCGCAUCAACCAUUGCUUCUAGCUUUGGGAAGGCAAUUUACGAAACCAAGGAACUUGAGGACUACAGACCUGAAGAUAUCUCCUUGUCUCUCCUCCGAAUGAUUUCAUAUAAUAUUGGGCAGGUUGCAUACUUGAAUGCACUUCGGUUUGGGAUCAAGCGUAUCUUUUUUGGAGGAUUUUUUAUACGAGGUCAUGCUUACACCAUGGACACUAUUUCCUUUGCAGUACAUUUCUGGUCAAAAGGUCAGGCAAAGGCAAUGUUUUUGCGGCAUGAGGGAUUUCUAGGAGCUUUAGGUGCAUUCAUGAGCUACGAAAAGCAUGGUCUUGAUGAUUUGAUGGCCCAUCAGUUGGUAGAACGAUUCCCAUUGGGUGCAUCCUACGUAGGAGGAAAAAUUCAUGGUCCACCACUUGGGGAUUUGAACGAGAAGAUUUCAUGGAUGGAGAAGUUUGUGCAGAAUGGCACUGAGAUUAUUGCCCCUGUGCCAAUGGCUCCCCUUGGAACCACUGGCCUUGGUGGCUUUGAAGUACCUUUGUCCAAAGGAAAUACUCUGCGUUCUGAUGCAAGUGCUGCUUUAAAUGUUGGUGUGCUUCAUUUGGUACCUACGUUGGAGGUGUUUCCAUUACUGGCAGACCCAAAGAUGUAUGUAGUAUUUGCAGUUGCUAGUGAAGGUGGAACUGAUGAUGCUAAGAUAAGGGGUGACGCAUUUGCUCGUGCAUUCUCUGCCCACUUGAGGAGAUUGAUGGAGGAGCCUGCUGCAUAUGGAAAGUUGGGGCUGGCCAACCUGUUGGAACUAAGGGAGGAAAGCUUGAGAGAGUUCCAGUUCUUUGAUGUCUACAGAAGCAUAAAACAGAGGGAAAAUGAGGCAUCUCUUGCUGUUUUACCUGACCUUCUCAUGGAGCUUGAUAGUAUGAGUGAGGAAACAAGAUUGCUUGCCCUUAUUGAAGGUGUUCUUGCAGCAAAUAUUUUUGAUUGGGGUUCCCGUGCUUGUGUGGAUCUCUAUCAUAAAGGAACUAUCAUUGAAAUAUACCGUAUGAGCCGCAAAAAGAUGCAACGACCUUGGCGGGUAGAUGAUUUUGACAUAUUCAAGGAAAGAAUACUUGGCUCUGGAGACAAGAAGCCACCUCCACAUAAAAGAGCAUUGCUCUUUGUCGACAACUCUGGUGCUGAUAUUGUACUUGGGAUGCUUCCACUGGCACGGGAACUGCUCCGUCGUGGAACUGAGGUUGUUCUGAUUGCAAACUCCCUUCCUGCACUAAAUGAUGUGACUGCAAUGGAACUUCCUGAUGUUGUAGCUGAGGCUGCUAAGCAUUGUGAUAUCCUCAGGAAAGCUGCAGAAGCAGGCGGCCUGCUUGUGGAUGCAAUGAUAAACGUCCAAGAUGGUUCAGAAGAGAAUUCGUCUUCAGUUCCUUUAAUGGUUGUUGAGAAUGGAUGUGGGAGUCCAUGCAUUGAUUUGCACCAGGUCAGCUCAGAGCUAGCUGCUGCUGCAAAAGAUGCCGACCUGAUUAUCUUGGAAGGGAUGGGUCGUGCUCUCCAUACAAAUUUCAAUGCUUGUUUUAAAUGUGAUGCCUUGAAGCUUGCAAUGGUGAAGAAUCAGAGAUUGGCAGAAAAACUGAUCAAAGGAAAUAUAUAUGAUUGUGUCUGCCGAUAUGAACCAGCCAGCUGAGAGCUUCCAUUAUUAGAGUUCAGACGUGUGUCUCAAUGUACUAAUUGAGACAGGAUAGCAAGGAUGUAGUCAAUUUAGAAAUCACCUUGCGCAUCAAUGUCGAUUAUCGAAAUCUGCUUACUUUUGGCUAACUAAUUUAUCUGGAACUUUUGAGCUUCGGCAAUCCAACAGAUCAAGUUUUGCUGGUUUUGAGCCAAUCUCUGAUCAUAGGUAAAAGAGAGGGAAGUUUCAGUUCUAUGUACUAUGGAAAGUACUGUUAAUACAACACAGUGGACUGAUGAUUUGAAAAGCAGUUUGGCUGGCAGGAUAGAUGAAUUCUCAUUAGGUAACUUGUCAAAUUUGGUGAUUCAUCUCAAUUAUAUUGUAACUAUCUUGGUUUUAUAGUAGUUCAUGUGAAACUAAGUUUUGUUAUUUUUCAUUUAACUUUUCAAGAUAAAUGUAUCUCAAAUUUGGUUCAUGGUUAAAUUUCAUGAGAACAUAUCCAGGAAAUUGAGGGGUAAUUGAAUUCACAUUGCAAUGA